AUGUCGUCCGCGCCUCUAACCGCCACGCCUGCCCCUCUCCUUCCCGCCAAGCCCAAGAGCCCACCACCGCAGCAGCACCCGGUCCUCUCCCACCUCCCGCACUGCACCAGCCUCCGCGGGCUAGCCCAGCUCCACGGCGCCGCCGUCAAGGCCGGCCUCGCCGCGCACCCGGCCUUGGUCACCAGGCUCCUCACGCUCUGCACCGGACCGGCCGCGGGCCCCGCGCACCUGGCCUACGCCCGCCAGGUGUUCGACAGGGUGCCCCACCCGGCGGACGCUGUCUGGUACAACACCCUGCUCCGCGGCUACGCGCGCUCCUCCUCCUCCGCCUCGGCGGCGGCGCGGGUGUUCGUGCGGAUGCUGGAGGAGGGCGUCGCGCCGGACACGUACACGUUCGUGUCGCUGCUCAAGGCGUGCGCCGCGGCGCGCGCGGGGGAGGAAGGGCGGCAGGCGCACGCCCUUGCGGUCAAGCUCGGCGCCGCGGGCCACGACUACGUCCGCCCCACGCUCAUCAACAUGUACGCCGAGUGCGGGGACGCGCGCGCCGCGCGCGCGUCAUGUUUGGGCGGACGGACGGGGCUGCGUCGUCUCGUACAACGCGAUGAUCGCCGCGGCCGUCAGGAGCAGCCGGCCCGGGAGGCGCUGGUGCUGUUCCGGGAGAUGCAGGCCAAGGGGCUCAAGCCGACGUCCGUGACGGUGAUCAGCGUGCUCUCGGCGUGCGCCUUGCUCGGGGCGCUCGAACUGGGGAGGUGGGUCCAUGAUUAUGUUCGGAAGAUAGGGCUCGGUUCCCUCGUCAAGGUCAGCACUGCGCUGAUUGACAUGUAUGCAAAGUGUGGGAGCUUGGAGGACGCCGUUGCUGUGUUCCAGGGGAUGGAAUCAAGAGAUAGGCAGGCUUGGUCAGUGAUGAUCGUUGCGUACGCUAACCAUGGCUAUGGCAGGGAAGCCAUUUCACUGUUUGAAGAGAUGAAGAAGCAAGGGAUGAAGCCUGACGAUAUUACAUUCCUUGGUGUGCUCUAUGCCUGUAGCCACUCUGGUCUGGUGAGUGAAGGGCUUCGGUAUUUCGAUGAUAUGAAAGAUCAUGGUAUCGUUCCAGGGAUCAAGCACUAUGGUUGUGUGACGGAUUUACUAGCUCGAUCAGGGCAGCUGGAGAGAGCUUAUAAGUUCAUUGAUGAACUGGCAAUAAAUCCCACCCCCAUCUUAUGGAGGACGUUGCUUUCUGCUUGUGGAGGCCAUGGAGAUGUCGAACUUGGCAAGCGUGUCUUUGAGAGGAUUCUUGAGCUGGACGAUUCUCAUGGUGGUGACUAUGUAAUAUUCUCGAAUUUGUGUGCAAACACUGGAUACUGGGAAGAGAUGAAUAGGGGAGAUGGAAGGCACCCCAAAUCACAAGAAGCACGGAAAAUGGUUGAUGAAGUGAUCGAUCAACUAAAACUUGUCGGUUAUGUCCCUGAUACUUCACAUGUGUUUCAUGUCGAAAUGGAUGAGGAGGAGAAGGCAAUAAGCCUAAAAUACCAUAGUGAGAAGCUGGCAAUUGCUUUUGGGCUUCUGAAUACUGCUCCAGGAGCUACACUGCGUGUUGUGAAGAAUCUCCGCGUAUGCCCAGAUUGCCAUUCGAUGGCAAAGCUUGUCUCAAUGGUCUUCAAUAGGCGAAUUAUACUCAGAGAUCUGAACCGCUUCCAUCACUUUGAAAAAGGGAUCUGCUCUUGCGGUGACUAUUGGUAG